AUGAGUGCUACCAGGGAUCCAGCUACGACUACUGGGGGCUUAACCCUGGCACUGAUCCAGCACACGAGCCACACGCUGCUCGUCUCCAGAUGGCCGUCUUUGCUGGUGGUGCGGGGAGCGGAGGGGAUCCCCCUUAAAGACGAGCUAUUUUGGAUAUUCCCGUACAAGUUUUCUGAUGUAUUUGCUUGCACCUUCUUCCCCUGCUGUUUGUUGAACCCAGCCCCCUUCUCCCCACCCCCCCCCCGCUCCCCCAAGGAUGUAUCUCUCUCAGUUCUUUGUGCUAUAUACGCCUUGGUGGUUCUGCUGGGUCUCCGGCUGGAGCAGGGCGCUUGCCAGCACUAUCUGCACAUCCGACCGGCUCCCAGCGACAACUUGCCCUUGGUGGAUCUAAUCGAGCACCCGGACCCUAUCUUUGACCCCAAGGAGAAGGAUCUUAACGAGACCUUGCUAAGAAACCUCAUGGGCGGACACUUCGACCCCAACUUUAUGGCUAUUUCCUUGCCCGAGGACCGGCUUGGCGUGGACGAUCUAGCUGAGCUGGACUUGCUCCUCAGGCAGAGACCCUCGGGAGCGAUGCCCAGCGAAAUCAAAGGGCUGGAGUUUUACGACGGGCUGCAGCCGGGCAAGAAGCACAGGCUGAGCAAGAAGCUGCGCAGGAAGCUACAGAUGUGGCUCUGGUCCCAGACCUUCUGCCCGGUCCUAUACACGUGGAAUGAUCUCGGCAGCCGCUUUUGGCCCCGGUACGUCAAAGUGGGCAGCUGCUACAGUAAAAGGUCUUGUUCAGUCCCCGAAGGCAUGGUUUGCAAACCUGCCAAGUCCGUGCAUUUAACGAUCCUGAGGUGGAGGUGCCAGCGUCGGGGGGGGCAGAGGUGCACAUGGAUACCCAUCCAGUACCCCAUCAUUUCGGAGUGCAAGUGCUCCUGCUAGACUUGCACUUACCUUUUCUCGCCCCUUCUCCAGCGGACUCACGUGGACCUUUGCUGCAACAAAAAUAAAAGACAUUUGCUUUCUGGUUAACGUUGUAAUGCACUGUAACGUGUAGGAGAAUGUAUAUUGUGUGUAUAUAUGGCACCGUUUUAAUAAACUAUUAAAAGGUCAGUAUUAUACGUG